GUAUAUAAGCCCAUUAAUAAGUCGCAAAUAGUACAUUUAGUUUGAAAAGCUGUUCAAUUAAAUUGUUGUACAAGAACCUCUAACCAACUCCACAGAUAAAAUAAAAAUGAAACUCUUCUGUUUAUUAAUACCUAUUUUCUUCGUGGGUGUUUUGGCAAAUGAGGGAACAUAUAUGAGUUAUAUUUUCAUUACAACUGAAGCCUUGGCAAUUGCAAAUGAUUUGACUGUAGAAGGUACAAAUGGUACAGAAACAAAUGCAUUGGAGCAUGUAAUUGAGACAAUGGUUGAUAAUGUAGAGAAAUACAGGCAUUUCGGCAAACUUAAUUUUUUGUUAGCUGUACCGGACCAUCCGGAAAUUAUGCGCACAAUACCACAACUUCCAUUACUUCCAAUAUUGCAAAAAGCCAAUUUUUUCUUCCAAAUUAUGCGACAAGACAUAGAAAGGCUAUUAGAAUUAGAACCAAUUAAUGGAUUUUAUAGAGAAUCUAUAUCAUUGAAACAACUCGGAGACGAUAGAAGACAACAUGUUGUUCCAGCUUUAAAAAACGUAAUCAGACGUCGUGUAUUAGAAUCUGGGCAGCAUGAUGAAGCCUCUUUAUUACCGAAGUGUCGUUUGCUAGGAUUAUACUUGAGUACACAAUUUCCAGAAUCGUUCAUAAAACAAGUUGACAUUGAUCCAAUUGACCUAAUAUGUAUCUUAACGGAUACAAAUGAUACCAAAAGAUAUUACAGAAAAAUUGAUAACGCAUGGUCCGAAAUAAGAUUAUCUAACAUAAACGAAUCACUACAAUUCCUCGAGGAACAGUUACGACUUGGACGUCCACAAGUUCCAUUUUCAUUCCAUGAUGUAUUAUAAUUUAUCUUAUUAUUAUCCCUAUAUUUAUUAUGAAAUCUUAAGUUGUAAAAUGGUAUACACAAACUUAAGCUGACGGAAAAAGAACCGUUGGUGGAUUUUUCCAAUAACAUAUUCCACAUAAUAAACGUUUUUGUAAGUACAUAAUAUUAUACGUUUUUUUCUGUUUUAUGUCAUGUCUACCAACAAAAUAAAUAUUACUGAAUUUGUAAA